UGGGGACUGCGCGGUCUCCGUUGGAUGCGUAGCCGCCGGCCGGCCAAGGCGCCAUCCCAGACUCCCGGGUGCACCGGUUAGUCCCCGGCCUUGACCUCGCCCGUGAAUGGGUGCCACCCGUGCCCCAAGCCAAGGAGGUCCCAGCGGGAGAGGCUUAGCCUCACGUCUUUGGCGAGACCCCGCUCUGGGGACUGACGCGAGUAGCUGCUGGAGCAGCUGCGGCUCUGAAAAGGAAACUAAGCUUUGCCUGUGGUCUCACAUCUAAUCCUAAUGUGGGGUCAAUCUUAAGUCCAAUAUUUGAUUCUUGACUGAGGAUAUUCUUGGGGCAUGGAAAUGAGCUUUGAUGAAUCAUCAAGUCUGAGAGAUUAGGUGUCAAGAGCAGAAUUGUUUAAAGAAGGGCUUAAUUGGAUUUCUUCCCAAGAUUGAGAUCAUCUACAAAAGGAAUCCUAGGAGGUGCUUCCGUGAUGGGAUGGACUAGUUUAGGUGAUAGUCAUGAACUCUCCACAUUAACUGCUGCCUCCUCACCCUAAUCAAAGAGAACCUGGGCUGAGGGAGAAGGAAAGGAGGCCACCAUGAAGCUGAAACAGCGAGCUGUCCUACUGGUCAUCCUCAUCAUCAUCUUUAUCUUUACAAAAGUUUUUCUUAUUGACAACUUGGACACUUCAGCUGCCAACCGUGAGGACCAGCGGGCCUUUCACCGAAUGAUGGCCAGCUUGCGUGUAGAGCUGGAUCCCCGCCUAGAGCAUACCUUGCAGUCUCCUUGGGAGAUUGCUGCUCAGUGGGUAGUUCCCCGGGAAGUGUACCCAGAAGAGACCCCAGAGCUGGGAGCUAUCAUGCAUGCCAUGGCCACCAAGAAGAUCAUCAAGGCUGAUGUGGGUUACAAGGGAACUCAGCUGAAAGCCUUGCUGAUACUUGAAGGAGGGCAGAAAGUUGUCUUCAAACCUAAGCGAUAUAGCCGAGACUAUGUGGUCGAAGGGGAGCCAUAUGCUGGUUAUGACAGGCACAAUGCAGAAGUAGCAGCCUUUCACUUGGACAGGAUCUUGGGUUUCCGCCGAGCCCCCUUGGUGGUUGGGAGAUUUGUGAAUCUUAGAACAGAGAUCAAGCCUGUUGCCACAGAGCAGUUAUUGAGCACAUUCUUAAUUCUUGGUAACAACACUUGCUUUUACGGGAAGUGUUAUUAUUGCCGAGAAACAGAGCCUGCAUGUGCAGAAGGAGACAUAAUGGAGGGAUCUGUUACACUGUGGCUUCCAGAUGUCUGGCCUCUGCAGAAGCACCGUCACCCUUGGGGCAGGACUUACAGGGAGGGGAAGCUUGCCAGGUGGGAGUACGAUGAUAGCUACUGUGACGCCGUGAAGAAGACAUCUCCCUAUGACUCUGGCCCCCGGCUCCUGGAUAUUGUCGACACCGCCGUCUUCGAUUAUCUGAUCGGCAAUGCUGACCGUCAUCACUACGAGAGCUUUCAGGAUGAUGAGGGCGCCAGCAUGCUGAUUCUCUUGGAUAAUGCCAAAAGCUUUGGAAACCCUACGCUGGAUGAAAGAAGCAUCCUCGCCCCUCUCUACCAGUGUUGCAUAAUUCGGGUCUCCACCUGGAACAGGCUGAACUACCUAAAGAAUGGCGUGCUUAAGUCUGCCUUAAAGUCGGCCAUGGCCCACGACCCCAUCUCCCCCGUGCUCUCCGACGCCCACCUGGACGCCAUGGAUCAGCGGCUCCUGGGCAUCCUGGCCACCGUCAAGCAGUGCACGGAUCAGUUUGGGACAGAUACUGUGCUGGUGGAAGACAGGAUGACUCUCUCCCACUUGUAAUUUUAGUGGAAAACAAAUGAAACUUCUUUUUACAAAUGAUAGAAAAACAGCACAAUUGAUUCCAAAUGGAUGGAUGGGAAAAGAUGGAAAGCCCCACGCAGUGAUCUCUGGUCCUAGGGAACGGGGUGGCUUGGGGUGGCUCGUGUUUCUCCCCAUGACGAGCUAAAGCUCUGACUAAAAGCUUUAGACCCCGAGACGUCCCUGCACAGCCUCCCGCGGUUCUGGCAGUGUUCUUUUUUGGUGUGCCACGUCUGUGUCGUGAAAAGCUUGAUUUCCAGUUGUGGAGGCCUCGUGGGAUCUGAAUGUGAAUCCAAGAAUGGUUCUGGGGUGUGUGUGUGUGUGUGUGUGUGUGUGUGUGUGUGUGUGUGUGUGUGCGCGCGCGCGUGCGUGUAUGUGUGUGUAUGCACGUGUGUAUACGUGUGUGUGUGUGUGUGUCACCUGAACCCUCUCGUCUGCCUUCCCUCCUUCGCCCUCGGGCCCGCUCUUCUCCCCACUCAGCAUCUAAAGGGACUUCGGCCGGCCGGCGUCGGGGUGCAGUUUGCGUAGCUUUGCUCUUAGUGAGGAAGGUUCUGAGCUCCUCGUACAGAGCCGGUGGCGGCCAAGAACAGCACAGCCCUCCGCAGCUUUGGGCCUCUCCCCCGCUGCCCUUUGCAACAGCCGCGAGCCCUGCGGAGUCGGAAGGGAGGGCAGAAGCCGCGGGUGCCCCCGAUUGCAGGGAGGUUAGCUUGCUGGUAUUCGUGACUCCUGGAAGGUUGCAAGAAACGUCACCGUGUCCCCCGCCACCUCCAGAAUGAAGCCGGUCUCUGAAGCAGACCUUGGGCUCGCUGACGCCUCCUGAGCGUCACUUCGCUCUUGCUCCAGGCAGGCAGAUACCUUCCUGUGAGCAGGUGCCCACAGGCGAGAAGAGCGGAUGGGCGGAGGCUCUGCACCUCGAAGGCCACAGCCGCGUUGUGUCGCAGGCGGGAUCAGACGGCCUCCGAGGGAUUCCUCCACUCCAGGCAGGGCUUCCUUUGCCGCCGCCUGAACUUGCAGAGAUGUGUGAUGAGGGGCCACACGAAAGCUUAGAGAGAAGCUUCGGAGCCUUUCAAGACGCGCUCGCCUCCCCCUCCCGUCUCCCCCUUAUUCUCGUCUUGCGUCCUGAACUUCCCCCCAUUCUGGCUGUGUUUCCGGAGCCUCCAAAUUCUGUGGCACUUCCGCCGGCUUGUGUUCUGAACACACAGCUCCGGACGUGUGAGGCAAGCGGGUCUGGGGCAGGGCUGGGUGCGCAUCCCUCCUAGUUCUUCUGCUUCUAGUCCUUAUUCCUUUUCCAGGUUUAUAAACCCUUGGUUAGAGACUACUAUUUAUAUGGUAAAAGGGAACACGUCUAAUCCCGGCCGCUGGAAAUCAAAUGAGAGCGAUCAGUCUUAAAACCGAUUUAGGAGAUUGAAGGGCCAGUUUUCCGAGGAGGAGAGACACAUAAUGAGAGACCCUCUGGCGGUAUCCCGAUAUUACGGACGUCGGGCACUUCUUUUAAUACCUUAUACGCAUCUGAGACCAGGACAAGAAUGGGCUAUGAGGAAAAAGGAUCGUGACACGUGAGGAGAAGGCAAAUACUUGCAGAGUGCCACCAUUGUGUCAAGGGGACAAGAAGCCUAUUCCAGUUUCAAGAUUGUUUACUGAGUGCGUCCAGGAAAAUUCUCCCUUUCGCCUGAGAGUCACUUGGAUAGCACCGAUCCUAAAAUCUCGGGGAGAGCUGCAGAGGUAGUCAGAUCUCAAGACUGUUUUUAAAUCAAGCUUCGCUCUCUGUGAUAAAUGCUACUUUCAUGCUCUACGGAUACAAAUGAACAAAAGACGAUUCUGUGUAUCCUUCCAGAUACACCUCUUGCCUUUAUGAGGUUACACUGAAAUCUCGCCUUCGUGAGUUCUGAAAACUUGGGAAUUUCAUUCUGGUUGUUGGAAGUAAAUUAUUCUGCUAAAGAAAUAAGGUAGAAAAAAGAAGUGACUUGGUUAAAGUGGGUCUUUUUUCCCCCUCAAACAUUGCUUCACUUUCUUAUUAGAAUAAAGUCAUCGUUUCCUUUUCCAUUUCCUACCGCACACAAAUGCAUAGACCUUCAGAUUUAGAACCAGAAUAGUAUGUAAAGCUAGAGCUUUAUUGCUAGAAUUUUUAUAAUAAAGCUAGAGCUUUAUUGCUAGAAUUAGGUUUGUUGAUCUUCCAUUGGUGUGCAGAAUGUGGCCCAAGUUAGGAUUGAGUGGAAUUGAGGAUUCAGAAUAAGCCAGUGACUCCAAAUGCCACAAACACUAAAUUCACCUUAUAGAAUAAGAUACCUUUUAAUCGUAAUAAUAAAAUGCCUUUGAACUCUGGUCCAUUUUAUUAGGAUUUUGAACUGCUUAUAAUCAGGUUGUAUUUAAUUCAGAGCAUGUAUGGUCCUGAGUGUUGGGGUUGCUGACGUCAGCCCAGGGCACAUUUGAAAUAAAAUUCUAAAGCUAGAGUAGACAGAUUACAUUUUGAUAUGCCCCCUCACAAAGCCAGAUCUUAUUUUAAGAGAUUUUUUUCUGAUUCUUGCUUUUUGAAACCUCAGUUUUUAAGUUUAGGGAAGUGUUUCUGCAGGUUUUAUUCUAAAACUGCUUGUUAAUGUGAGGUGUUGCUUACAUUGUAGUUGAAGAAGUAAAUAAGUUAGCACAAAACGGAGAUUACAGGAUAGGGUUUUAUUUGCUUAAUCAGUGGUUCUCAACCUUUCUAAUGCCGUGACCCCGCAAUACAGUUCCUCAUGUUGCAGUGACCCCAAACCAAAAUAUUAUUUUGGUGGCUACUUCCAAACUGUAAUUUUGCUACAGUUAUGAUUCAGAAUGUAAAUACCUGAUAUGCAUUAUGUAUUCUCAUUGCUACAAAUUGAGAAGUUGAGAACCGCAGCCUUAGAUCGUAUCCUCCCAGUGAGUCAUUCUCUCCCUGUUCAUGCUUAACUAAAGUUAACGUGCUGCAUGUCAAGAUUUGAAAAUUAAGAAGGGAAUGAAAGAACUGAUGACUGGACUGUUAAUUCUAUGCAGAUCUUGGAAGGAAAAAUAGAUACUGUACAUGGAAAAGAUAAUGGAAUGAUUUCAGGGUGUUAUCAGUCAGCAUGACUCAUCUCCUGCUAGAAUUCUUUUUUCUUUUUUCCAGUGCAAAGUUCAUUCCCUCUCCCUUCGUCCCCCAUCUCCCAUACUAAUACACCAUCGUGGUUUUGUCGGCUAGUGUUUUAGAAACACUAGUGAGUGAUCACACCCAGAGAAGAGAACAUCUGCUGAGAUAUUAAACUUUCAGAAAGUUGAUUUGGUUGGAGACAGGGUCUUGGGUAAGUCCUCUUCUCUGAUGGAGAUAUAAACUGCCUCAUAUAAAAUGAGAGGGUUGGUAAAUGUCCCUAAGUUCUAAUUUUAAGUUUCAGAGUAUAGGCAUAAGAAAAUUCCUGCAUGUCCCAAGCACAGUGACAGCCAACAGAAGAUGUUUUACUUUGGCAUGGCCCAUUUGCUGGAAAAACUGAAACUGAGGUGGAGAAAAGAUCCUCCUCCAAGUCCUUGAGAGUAAGAACUAGGGCAUGGAUACCCAACUUUUCCCUUUGAGAUACUGACAAAGAAAAGGAGUUGGGAGAGAAAGGAAAGAGGACCAGAGACUGAGUGAGUUGAGUCAUUAUUCAUUCAAACGAAUGGUGGGGUGAGAUGGAGUGGGGUGGGGGAUAAUUUAUUGAGAAGGUAAUUUAUUUACUAACAGCAACUUGGAAGGGAGAGUAAGAACUCUUCUUGAAGCUGCCCAGAAACUCCAACUGCACAAAUAAAGAUCAUUCUUGGUAAAAAAAAAAGAGAGAGAUGCUCAAUAGAACAAGAAAACGAACAUCUCCAUUUCUACGUGUGUUCUGUUGGUUCAAGUUCUGAAUCAUGAAACAUGAAGUGAAUAAAGAUUUUGAUAAGCAACCUCAAACUCA